AUGUAUCAACUGGACUCUUGGUACACAGUGCUCUUCGAGCUUCUUCUCGUCGGCUUUUCCCUCUACAAUUCGCUUCGAAUGACCACUUGGUGGAAUGUUGUGGCUAAAGGAACUGAAAUCGGUGUGAAUGGAGUGACACGUGUCCCAUCGAUCGCCGAUCAUUUCGGAAUUCGUUCUGAAAAGAGCACGAAGAGUUGUGCGAAGAAAAUCGCCGCGAAAUCGCCGACGACGUCAUUCCAAAUGGGCGAUGGACUCGAAGUACACUAA